AUGCACACCUGUCCCACAUAUGUGGGCUUUUCCGGGGGUGCGGUGUUUGACACGGACGGACAGGUAGUUGCUAUGAAUUCUGGUGGAGAUCAGAUGCUUCGUGAGAAAUACGCCGUUCCUUACCAUACGUUAAAAGAUUUCAUUGACAGAGGAAUUGAAUCACAAAAAUCCGACGAAAUAGCGUUGAAAGCGAGGUAUGAAUUGACAGCCCAGGUAUCUUUGGGUUUAUUACUGGUACCAUUGGAUAAGAAAAUAAAGGAACUCCUAUUUAGUGGUAGUAUAGGGAAAGCACAGUUCGCCAAUGUAUUUGAUGGUGGUGUCGUUGUCUGGGAUCAGGUGUGUGGGAAUCGGGUGGGUGUCGGUGAUAUCGUACUCAAGAAAAACGAUGUGAUCACAGAAGUGAACAAUGAGCCAGUUCAUUCACUGGAAAUGUUCAGACAAAUGAUUGAACAGCCUGGUCAUUUAGAGUUAACUGUUUAUCGACUCACACCUGAUCUUAAAACUGAAAGCUUUUCCCUAUCCGUCAAACUUGAGGCUAAAGACUGUUACUUAAUAUGA